AUGAUUGAAAUUGUUCACCGAUUUGGUAUUGUUUUUGUCGUAACGUUAUACGUUACAGCAAACAUUUGUACCGUAGAAGGAUCACCAUGUCGUUGUUCGCCAUGUGAAAUAUUAUGCCCAAAGACUAUUCUAUGUCCACCACCAAUCACUUGUCCACUACAAACAUGUCCAGUGCCAUCACCAUGUCCACAACCACCUCCAUGUCCACCAUGUCUUAGUUCCGUUGUACAACAACCGGUCCUCGUCACUCAUCACGUAGUAGUGCCAGUGGUACGGAAAAUUCCUGUUAUUGAAAAUAUCUGCUGCAGUACCUGUUCAACUCCGUGUAUUGCACGUAAAAAACGUCAAUUAUCAAUGAAAGAUGAAACGAUAAAUAAUACUAUCAAAUUACCAUUGAAUACCGUAUGCAAUAGCAAAAUUUUGAAGAAAAUAAUGAAUGAAAGCAUUCUGUCGAAUGUUACGGGAUCACGACAUUUAAUUCAAAAGGCAUCAGAAACUCAACUCCAUGGACAUUUCAAUGUCAUUUGCAGUGACAACGAUUUGUCAUAUUCGGCCUUUACUACUUCUGUUUUCUGUCAACAUCAGAAAGAUAAUAUUAUCUGUUAUGCUUUUAAGACAACCGAAUUUCAGUAA